AUGGCGUAUAGUCAGACUUCCUCGGCGUCAAUUGGUUCAACUCCAAACAAUGAAGGUCCACCUUGCCACUGUUCACAACCGACUGCCUUGACAAUGGCGUGGACUGAAGAGAAUCCUGGAAGGCGAUUUUACAAAUGCGAUGAACAUGGUUUUGUGGUUUGGCAUGACAAGGACAAAUCAUGUCGUUGGCAGAAGCAAAGUCUUUUGGAGGCAAGGGAGAAAAUCCUUACCCAGGCUGAAGAAAUCAAGGCUUUGACGAUCGCUCUACGUCGAGCUAAUGCUCAGCUUGCUGCAUUAGAGGUUUCUCGGUCUUCUGGGUCAAUAAAUGAAACUUUGAAGGCAAUUGAAGAUCACAUUUCAACACAUAUCAAUGAGACCCAGAAGGUGUUCCGUAACCUUGUUCUUUAUUCUGGUAGUGGGUUUGCAAUAGCUACUGCCGUCAUCAUCUUUUACAUGAAAAAGUAG